GACUUAAUCGCCAUCUCUGCACAGUCCAAUGGUAUCACAUUCUUAAUAGAGAAGAAAAGGAAACAGCCUCUUCAUUUCUUGAUCAAACCCACCCCGUUUCCGCCCUCCAAAAGCGACCCACUCCUCAGAAAACCUCAAGAACAUACCCACAAAAGAGCAAACAAGAUAACCAAAACUCGAUGGGAAAGUGCUUCAGCUUUUCAGCCACAUAUGACCGAUGGUUGCGCUUCUCCUUUUCCCGGGCUGGCCUGAAAUCGACCAUCACCGACCUCGGCGACGGCACCGUCAUGCACUGUUGGGUCCCCAAGACGUACAACCCCAACAAGCCCAACUUGCUCCUCUUGCACGGCCUUGGAGCCAGCGGAAUGUGGCAGUGGAACAUGUUCGUCUCGCGUUUCAUCGAGAGAUUCAACGUGUACGUGCCUGAUCUCUUGUUCUUCGGCGACUCCUACACGAUCCGGCCGGAGCGGACCGAACAGCUUCAGGCUCAGUGCGUCGCAGGAGUCUUGAAGGCUCAGGGAGUGAGAAAGACGAAUGUGGUGGGGGGAAGUUACGGCGGGUUCGUGGCGUAUAGCUUGGCGGCGCAGUUCCCGGAGAUGGUGGAGAAGUUGGUUCUGUGCGGUGCAGGGGUUUGUUUGGACGAGAAGGACAUGGAAGAUGGGAUGUUUCAGGUGAAGAGCAUAGACGAGGCCGUGAGUAUCAUGGUACCACAGACGCCGGAGAAGAUGAAGGAGAUGCUCAAGGUCCUCUUUUACAAGCCGGUGACAAAAAUUCCCACUUGCUUUAUGCAGGAUUUCAUUGAUAAAGGUCCCCAUGAUUGUUUGCAGUUUCUGGGCACAGAUUACGUUCAAGAUUGGACAGGGCUGAUCAUUUCCUUACACAAAGAUAGGAAGAUGUCUAAUCUUCCCAAGAUAACUCAGCCAACACUGAUAAUCUGGGGGGAAUAUGAUAAAGUCUUUCCAUUGGAAUUGGGUCACAGAUUAAAGAGGCAUUUGGAUGAACAUGCACAAUUAGUGGUUAUAAAGGAUUGUGGUCAUGCGAUGAAUGGAAAGGAGCUGAAAGAGAUGUACAAACACAUGAAGUCGUUCCUCAUAGAUCCACUCCUUUCACCUGAGAAGGCAAAUAAAACCAAAGGCCAGAAGGUGCACUGAGAGUCAGCAAUGAAUUUGUAGUCGAAUCAGCCUUCGGCAGCAUGCUUGUCCAAGUUAUAUACAUAUUAAUAUAAGCUAUGUAAUUAGAAGAAACAUAGUUCAACAUAUUGAACCGAUGAAGAGCAAGGCCGAUAGAAUGGGGAAUAUUUCCUUUUUCUCCUC